AUGCUCUCCCUCUUUUUCGCCGCUUUGGGCGCUACGAGCGCUGUUGCGCUAGUGGAUUCGGUAGAACGAUAUACCAACCCUCAGACAUGCAUUGUGCCUUCUUAUGGCAACCUGAACAAGUCUGAUACGCCCGCUAUUCAUGCUGCGUUCAAAAAGUGCGGAAAGGGCGGUCGUAUUAUCUUCAAGGAGAAUACUACUUAUGCUUUGAACGAACUCACGAUUCUCACCCCAUGCAAGAGUUGUACGGUUGAGCUCGAAGGUACCCUUCGUCUCUCGGACAAUAUCACAUACUGGUUAAAGAAUGCGACGAAUCCUGCAAACCUUACCUCUGCAUACCCUAAUCUUGUCUACUAUCCCUUCCAGGAUACAUUUUCGUACCUUAUUCUUAAGGACUGGAAGAAGUCCUCGCUGGUUUCAAAGACUGGGAAGGGUCUCAUCGACGGUGCGGGCCAGCUCUGGUGGAAUGCAUUCGCCGGCCAAGAAGCUCUCGACCCCGGUUCGCUUCGCCGCCCUAACCCUGCCAAUUGGUUCAACUGGGUUAUUGACAGCAAAUACCUCAACUACACCAAUAUUCGUCUUUCCGCGUUGUCUACCAACAAGAAUCCACCUAAGAAUGCAGAUGGAUGGGACACUUAUCGCACCUCCCACUUUGUCCUUCGUGGCGCGCACGUGGUUUCUGGUGAUGACUGUUUCUCGUUCAAGGGAAAUUCGACCUAUGUUACCGUUGAAGAUGUCUACUGCCAGAACUCUCAUGGUGUCAGUGUUGGCAGUCUCGCGCAGUACCCAGGCGUCUUGGAUCGGGUAGAACAUGUCAAAGUUGUACAAAAUAUUACUUUUGUCGGAAAUGGGGACAGCUCCUCAAACGGUGCCCGUAUCAAGAUCUGGGCCGGACCAGUUGGCUCGGCCAUCGUCAACGAUAUUCACUACGAGGAUCUCACGGUUGACAAUGUAACGAAUCCUCUGGUUGUUGAUUCGUGCUACUUCAGCCAGGCGUAUUGUGCUACCGGCAAGCCUGUCGCAAGCAUCACCGAUGUUACUGUGACUAACAUUCGCGGCAAUUCGACUGGGGCUGUCGUUUCGUCUAUUAUCUGUCCCGAGGGUUCGACAUGUGACAUCAAGUUCAAGAAUGUGGAUAUCAAACCGAAGAAUGGUGCUUCUCCAGUAUACAGGUGUUUUAGCGUUACCAGUGAGGAUCUGGGUGUAAACUGCACCUACCCCACGAUCGUGAAUGGAACUUUCAAGUGGCCGGCUUGA